AUGGCUUCUGCUGCAUUUUGGGAGACUGGUGCAUACGUUUUCCGCGCUCUUGGCUCCAAGAACCAGCAAUCCUCCGGCAUUGCAACCGUUGCUCAGAUCUUGGUCCUGGUAGCUCCCAUCUGGGUUAGUGCCUUUGCAUACAUGGUCUUCGCACGCAUUGUCCACUUCUACUCGCCCACUUGCAAAGUCUGGUUCUUCUCGCCUUCCAUCCUCGCUCUCAUCUUCAUCACCCUCGACUUUACUACCUUCGUCACUUAG